AUGCGCGUCGCCUCGACCUCGCGCGUUCCGACGACCCCGCGCGCGCGCGCGCCGCGCCGCUCGACGCGCCGCGCGUCGCCGCCGCCGCCGCGCGCGUUCGCGGAGUCCGACGACGGCGGGCGCGACUUUGCCGGGGACAUCGCGCUCGCGGACGUGCGACGCGGCGAGAAGAUCGGCGCGGGCUCGUUCGGCGACGUCUUCGCGGGCACGCUCCGCGGGCGCACGGCGGUGGUGCUGAAAGAGGGCAGCGCGUUUCGAGGCGGCGCGCGGUUCGUCGAGGCGGAGGGGCGAAUCUGGCGGCGCGCGAGGGGGUGGCGCGGCGGCGCGACGUUUCUGGGCGUCGCGGGCGCGAACGCGUACCUCGUGUUCGAAGACGAGGGACGCGACACGCUCGAGGGCGCGCUCGGCGGUGGUGGACUCGGGGGAGUGUUCGGAGGCGGACGAGACGGCGCGGCGUUCGCGGAGGCGCUGGGGUGCGCCACGGAGGCGCAGGCGUGCAAGAAGGUGAGUCGCGAACUCCUCAAGUGCGUCAAGGGGCUUCACGACAAAAAGAUCAUUCACAGGGACGUGAAACCUAACAACGUGUUGCUCACGAAGAACGGAUUGCGGCUGAUCGAUCUCGGUGGGGCGGCAGAUUUGAAGACGGGGCAAAACUACGACGAGGCGGAGACGGUUUUCGAUCCCGUCUACGGGCCGCCCGAGCGAUAUCUCACGGGGAAGUUUGGCGGCGGUGGAGGGGCUGGGGAGUGGAACAAGAAUAAACCCGAUUUAUUCGACGCGUUCUCGGUGGGCAUGGUGAUCUUGCAAGUGAGCGUUCCGGCGUUUCGGAAAAAGAAUGGCAUGAAGGGCGUUCGAGGAGAAUUGAAAACUUGGGCGUACGACUGCGAAGCCUGGCGAGCGAGCCUGCCCGAGCGCAGGCAAAGCGAUUUCGCGAUUCUCGAUGAAAACGACGGGGCGGGUUGGAAAUUAGUGUGCGGUCUCGUGGCGAACAGGUCGCAGAGAAUUUCCGUCUCCAAAGCGUUGAGUUCGUCGUUUUGUCGAUAGCGCUCGCCCCGCUCGUUCCCUCGCAGCUAUGCUAUUUUCUAUUAAUACUCUACCCUAGCGCAU